CCGGCAGGAAAAAAACCCAAAGAAGAAGACGAAGAAAACCUCGCGAGACUUCCGUCUUCUCGUCGUGUGCUCUGGUUAGCUCGGCUACCUCUCCGCUCCGCGUGAGCAUCAGAAGACAUCCGACGUCCUCCAGAGAAGAGCACUUCCUCUCAGACUUCCCCCCCUCCCCCCCAGUCCUUCAGACAGAGACCCUUAUAGCAGCCCGCCUCUUUCUCUUGACCCUCUUGUCCUGAACCGAGCCCGCCGGCGGCGUCAUGUCUCAGAAGUCGCAGUCUGAUGGGGGUCAGAAACACUUCGCCGUGGGCCGCGGGCUCCUGGCCGCCGCCGAGACCUUGAACUUCAGCAUGAACGAACAGCGAUCCGGCCGGCAGAUGGGGGGUGCGGCCUCUGGCGUGGGGGUGGGCGGCGGCGGCGGCGGCAGCGGGAUGGAUAACCAGGACGGCGGCUCCCAGAUGUCCCGGCGUGGCGGCGGCGGCCACAUUGGCAACACUAUGAAGCUGUUCGCCAGUUUGGGGCUGUCGCCCUCCGACCUGGACGCUCUGGCCGAGAUCCCGGAAGAGGACAUCAGCGUGGAGACGCUGCCGCGCAUCCUCAUGCAGCUCAAGAGCCGCAAGGGGGACGCGGGAGAGCGGCGGGGGGCGUCCUCCGUGUCCUCCGACGCCGGGUAUCGAGGAGGACGGGACAGCUGGGACAACGCGCACAUGGGGAGGAUGGGCGGUCCUUCUCUGGGUACCGGUUCAGCCCGGGGUCAGACCUCCGCAGACUUUGGGUACAGCUCGCUGCAGGACGGCGCUCCCAGCCAGGGCUACGGCUUAAAUUACGGCGGCGGCGGGGGGGGGAGCAGCAGAGAGAGGCCGUACUCGGAGCUUUCCCACCAUGACUCCUACGGUGGUGGCCUCAGCAUAGGGCCGCCGGCAUCCGACCCCGGCUUUAGGCAGAGGAGGAUUGGCUCCCCGUCCAACGGAAAGGUCCAAGACUUCUUGGGGGUCACGCCCCCCAUGUUCCCCCACGUGUGCUCUCUUUGUGACUUUGACGUUCACUCCACCAUGGAGUGGAACCAGCACACUAACGGAGUCCGGCACGAUGCAAACCGACGGCUGCUGCUCAACAUGUAUCAAGACUGGGAGCCUGGAAUGUCCUCGGGCAGAAGUGGGAGUCUGCUCGACACCCCCAACAUGUCUGCAGGGCUGCUUGGACCUGCCCCCAUGUCUUCAUCUCACACAGGAGGAGGGACGUCCUCCAGCUGGGGAGGAGGGGGAGGAGGUCCUGGUCUGUCGGGAAAGAACCAGUCGGGACAAAAUAAGCUGAGGAGCCGGGUGGUGGUGGUGAAGUACGACCGGAAGCCGCUGAGCAACAAAACCCUGUUCUCCUUCACGGAGCCGUUCGGCCGCCUGACGGAGCACCUGGUCCUCAAGAACAAGGCCUUCCUGGAGAUGAGCAGCCACGAGGAGGCCGUGGACAUGGUCAACUACUACGAGCAGCAGCAGGCGUCUCUGUACGGCAAGCCGCUCAGCUUCUACCUGUCCAGGAGGCUGAUGGUGAUCGAGAAAGACGAACGGGCGACCGAGAGGCACGUGGACCGACCCGCCCGGGAGGUCAAAGGUCAAGGCAGCCAGGUGGUGUUCUUCUCCAACCUGCCCAGAGAGGAGGAGAGGAAGAAGGAGCUGCUGACCAUCGCCGGACGAUUCGGCAUCGUGGAGAAACACCUGUUCUUAACCGACCAGGCGUUUGUCCAGCUGGGGACUCCGGAGGAUGCUGAGAUGCUGGUGAAAUAUUACAGCGUGAACUCUCUGACCAUCAAAGGGAGGCCGAUCCGCCUCAACAUCUGCACCAAGUACAAGACCCUGACUGUGAACCGGAGACAAGGAGGAGACGGCCGGAGCCAGAAGAGCAGCGGAGCUAACGCCUCCUCCGGCUUUGGAACCAGGACCUCCUUCAACCCCGCCAGGACCUCCUCGUCCAAAUCCUCAUCCAGGACCAGAGAGGAGCAAGAGAAGGAGGAGGAGCUGAAGCCCGAGGAGCAACCUCCUGCAGAGGAGGAGGAGGAGGAGGUGUCAGGGGUGAUGGAGGGGGAGGAGGUGGAGGAGCAGGUAACGGAUGGAGAUGCAGAGGGGGAGGAGCCAGAGGGAGCAGCAGAGGAGCCAGAGGAGGUCAAACAGGAGGAGGUUUCUGUUGACGUCACUGAAGACGCACCUGGAGAUGUGGGCGUGGCUGAAGGUGAAGUCCAACAGGAGGCGGAGUCAGAGGGACAAACGGAACAGGCGGAAGCCGACGUCACUGCUGAAGAACAUGAGAACAAAGAAGAACCGGCCGCAGAACCAGGGGAACCUUCAGAGACGGUGGAGGGAGAUCCGCCUGCUGACGUGUUUGAUGGAGACUUCCUGGAGAACAUGGAGGACUUUGUGACGCUGGACGAACUGGAGGAAGACGAGGACGAAGCAGACGGAGAGUCCGACUCCACCGACAGCACCAGAAGAGGAGGCAUGAGGGUGGUCAACAUCGUGGGCUUCAGACGAGGUUACAACUUCAUAAAUGAGCUGCAGGGACUCGCCAAACCUUUUGGGAAGGUGGUGAAACAUCUGGUUCUGGACCUGAGACCAGAGGCGUACCUUCAGUUCGCCACAGAAGAAGAAGCUAAAGCGAUGGCGAGCUUCUACAACAGCAACAUCACGGCGUCGGUGUGCGGCCGGCCGGUGAGGGUCAGUCACUCCAUCAGCUACCCGACCAUCCAGUGCGGCUCCAGUAAGGUGGUCUACGUGGGUCAGAUCCCCAACACUAAAUACUCCGACGACGCCGUCUUAAAACUGGCCGAGCCGUUUGGGAGAGUCAAGAAGUAUUUCCUCAACAGGCUGAAGAGAGAGUGUUUCAUAGAGAUGGAGAGAGCGGAGGAAGCAGAGAAAAUGGCGGAGGGUUACAAGGCGGAUCCCCCGAGGUUCAGCGGUAAACGUCUCACGGUCUACGUCAGCAGGAAGUACAGACAGCUCAAACAUGGACAUCGAUGUCCUGACCGACCCAAGAGGGAGAACAGCAGCAUGUCUCCCUCGUCCUCCCAACAGCCUGAAGAACCUCCUGCCAAGAAAUGUAAGGAGGAGGAGAAGGAACCAGAGGAGGAGGAGCAGGUGGAGGUGGAGGUGGAGGUGACGGGAGAGGCAGAGGAGGUGCAGAGUUGUGAUGACGAGAAAAAAGAAGAAAAGUCAUCGGAGGACAUUCCUGAAGUCUCUGAUCGGAACCAGACGAGCAGCCAGGAACUGCAGGAGGCGGAGCAGGCGGAGGCGGAGAUGGACACAUCGGCCAAUCAGAACGGACGUACCGAGGCCCCCCCGCCGGCUGAAAACAAACCCAGCGUAGCGUCUCUGCCGCUGCCCCCCCACGACCCCGACACCCCCAUCGGUGUGGAACAUGUGAAGAUGGGCUUUUACUGCCGCGUCUGCUUCCUGUUUUACUCCAACGAAGAGACGGCCAAGAAGACGCACUGCAGCAGCCAAACGCACCACGACAAGCUGCAGAAACAUCUGGAGAAGGAACAGACCAAAGCGGAGAAGAAGAAAGGGAAGAAGACGAGCUCCUAGAAGAGCUGCUGACUUUUUAUUCUUUUUAGGCUUAAAAGGAGAACAUUCUUUUAAAAAUAGUUCCAACUCAAACUGGUUCUUACUUUCACUUUGUGUGUAAAACCCAAGACAUCUUAAAGUUUCCUAAAAUGUCAAACUGAUUCCUUCGUGUCUCCUUUUGAAUCCUCGUGUAGAAAAAUGUGUUGAACUUUUUAUGUUGACGGAUUGUUUGUAUGAUUUAUUAAAUAAACCAGUUUCCUCAAAUGUGA